AUGUUCCCCAAGAAAAUCCUCGCCGUCCUUCUAGCCGCAACCUCCGCCCUCGCCUUCCCCCUCCAAAUCCGCCAGGGAUCAACCUACUUCAACCCCUCAGCAACUUACACCUACAACGUCGGAACGGGCGCCAUCACCCCCUCCUCCGGCACCGGCGUCGUGUCCAAAUCCACCUCCGACGGAGGCAACGACCUCACCGCCCUCCUCACCUUCACCUACCCGCCCGACACCGCCGGCAAAAAAUGCCAACUCUACUUUUACCUCGACGGCCCCACCUCCAGUGUCUCGGGCAGCGGCAAGCUCGACGUCUUCACCUCCAUCAAGCCCGCGCCUUCCAGCGGGUCCUCCGGCUGGGGCGCCGGCGGGCCGGGAAACCAGAGGGACGUCAACAUUGGGCGGCUCUCCGCCGUCUGGGCCGGCUUUGCGACCUGGGACGCGACGUACAAGGCGUAUCUCACCGCGCCGACGGAUUGCAAUGCUACGGGUACCGUUCAGGGGCUCGAGCUUGUUGGCGUCUCCGACAAUGACCACGUGUCGUGGAAUACACAGGUUUCUGGUGCUCGAAUCUAUUACUCCUAA